AUGAAGGCUUUGUUAGCCCAAGUGGUACUUGUCAUCUUCUAUUGUACUAACAUUACUGUGGCUAUUAAAACAAAUGAUGUAAAUCUAUGCAAACGACAGCCUUUUCGAGGUCGAUGUCCUGCAGCAGAUGGAAAAGGCCCAGCACGUUCGCAGUUUGUGUUACGUUACUAUAUGAGGGAUAACGAAUGUAUCUCCUAUCCUUUCGGUCACUGUGCAAAUGAUGAAAAUGAACCAGUAUUGUAUAGAUAUAAAGAAGAAUGUGAAAAAGCUUGUCUAAAUAAAUGGCCUACUAAUGAUCAAAGUACAACAAUUCAAAAUGAUCAUGAAAUAGAAAAAUCAGCAAAUUCAUUAAUAAGUAGUGAAAUUACUGAUAAUGAUAAGGAUAAUGAUAAUGAUAACGAUAAUGGUAUCAAUGUGCAGAUCAGUACUACAUCAUCAUCAUUUCCAAUAAUUGAUAACAAUAAUAAUAAUAAUAAUAAUAAUAAUACUGCAACAAUAUCAUCACAACGAGCUGCAUUUAUUGCUCAAAAAAGUACAUCUCACAAGUUACUUACUGAAUGCGAAAAACGUAGACAAGCAAGUGAAUCAGGUCUUAUCAAAAGUGAUUUCAUUCCAAUUUGCGCCACUGAUGGUACUUUUCGGCCAUUGCAAUGCGAAACUCAACGUGAAAAUUGUUUUUGUGUGGAUCAUAAUGGUGUUAAAAUACCAAAUUCAGAUUCUAAUGGUACCAAAAAACCGGACUGUAAACGAAUAAUAAAAGCGCAAAAGUCAUUAAUCUAUGAAUGUUUAUCACCAAUGGAUUCUGGGCCAUGUAAUACAGCAAUUAAAAGAUGGUAUUAUGAUACUCGAGAACGACAAUGCAUUAAAUUUGAAUAUUCCGGUUGCGGUGGUAACGGUAACAAUUAUCCAACCAAAGAAGCAUGCGAAAAACAAUGCAAAUCAACAAGCAAUGAGCCAAAAUGUAAAGGUGGCUUGCAACCAUUACGAAAUGAAAAUGAUCAGUUGGUGAACUGUACCGAGAGUACCUGUCCGAAUGGUUAUUUAUGUUCGGUAGCACAACUUGGAUCAGUCUGUUGUCCAAUUAAUGCAUCUAGCAGUGCUACAACUAAUAUUUGUCAACUUCCAAAGGAACGUGGCCCUUGUGAUCAGUAUGAGCUUCGAUUUUAUUACAACAAUCGUCUCGGCGAAUGUAAAUAUUUCUUUUUUGGUGGUUGUGAAGGCAAUGCAAAUAAUUUUGAACGUGUGGAAGAAUGUGAACGUAUUUGUCGACAACGUGGUGUAAAAAUUACUGCAACAUCAAUUGUAUCAGCACCUCAGCUAAUAACAUCUGGACCACAAAUGCGAAAGCUUAACAAAGAAUUUGGAAUAAAAAAUAUUAAAAAAACUGGUGAAGAGAAAGAAUUAGUAGAAUUGAUCAGUAAUGAUAAUGAUGAUAAUGAUGAUGAUGAUGAUGAUUCAGCAGCUAGCACAAAUAUUUCAAAUGAUAUCAAAAAUAUCAAUAAUGAUAAUACUGCUGAUACUACUACUACUACCACUACUGAUAAUAAUAAUGAAGCUAAUUUAGAAAUCACAUCGUCAACAACAAUAUUUCAUGAUGGAUCAAUGAUAAAUAAAAAUUUAUCUGCAAAAAGUAGCAUUAAUCAAAGUAAAUCACAUCAAUUGCAAAAAAUUGAUCAAAAUAUUGAAAAGAAAAUUAAACAAAAAGGAGCAAAAUUAUCAUUGGAUAGUAAUCAUACUGAUAAAAUCACUGAUUUUACAACUGUCAAAACUAAGAAUACAAUUGCAACAAUUGAUAAAUCAGAAAAGUUUACUACAUCAAAUAGAAAUGAACAAAAAUUGGCAAGUGAAUCAGUUGCAAUCACUACUGAUCAACAAUUAUCUCAAAGUGACGAAGAGAUGAAAAUAAUCACAUCAACAACAAAGACAACAGUAGAAAGCUUAUCAGAUACAUUCAUGUCAACAGCAUUAGCUUCUUCAAUUGCUUUAUCUCCCAGUACAAUCAUAAUUACCACAACCUCACAAUCAAUUUUAUCAACAACUGCACAACCAACUGCAAAUAGCAAUGAUCGAUGCUUUCAAAAAUUUGAUCGAGGUACAUGCACUGGACAAUUCAUUCGAUGGUAUUGGGAUUUUGAAAAAAGCACCUGUCAAGUAUUUACUUAUUCUGGUUGUGGUGGAAAUGGCAAUAAUUAUCGUAGCCGAGAAGAUUGCUUUGCUGCAUGUCAUCAACCUCCACAACCAACACCAAAACUGGAUAAUAUCUGUGAGCACAGCAUUCAUCCAGGUGAUUGUACCGGUAUCUUCCAGAGAUUUGCUUUUGAUUCGACAAUUAAUGAUUGUCGACCAUUUACAUAUACUGGCUGUGGCGGUAAUGGCAACAACUUUGGAAGUUCAUUAGAAUGUCGCAACAGAUGUAUCGUACAAAAACCAACACUGUCAACUGAUGUAUGCAAGCAUCCAAUUGAAGUAGGUGAAUGUUCUGGUGUUUUCCCGCGAUUUGCAUAUGAUCUGGUAGCUAAUGAAUGUCGACCAUUUACAUACGGUGGUUGUGGCGGUAAUGGUAAUAAUUUUGGAUCAAUGCUUGAAUGCAAAACAAAAUGUGUUCAAGGAUCAGAUGAAUUAGUGAAAUGUCCCACAAUAGAUGCAUCAUUAUGCGUUGAGCCAUGUAUUUUAUUCACAAAUCGUCAAGGCUGUCAUGAGUGCAAAUGUCCAAUUGCGCAUUCUGAAAUUGAUAAUGAACCAAUUGAACCAUCUGUGAUCACUUCCACUUUGAUAUCUGAUAAAUCAUCAGAUGAAUCGAAAUCACUUGAAGCUGAACAAUUUAUUGAAAAUAAGGUGGAAAAGAAACAUGGAUCUAUGUCACAUUCCGGAAGAACUUCACAAACAAAUUCGGUAACCGAAUUAGGUGAAAAAUGCUCACAACCUAUGGAUGCUGGACCAUGUAAAAAUUUUAUCGAACGUUGGUUUUUCAAUAUUAAUACUAGUUUAUGUCAAUCAUUUCAAUAUGGUGGUUGUGCUGGUAAUCGUAAUCAUUUCUUCUCAAAACAUGAAUGUGAGAUACAUUGCGCUCGAUUUUUCAAUGGACGCACAGGUCGUAGAAGAAUAGCAGCUUAUGAAAGUGUCACACAUACCUCACAAUUUAACACUCUCACCGGGUCGCAAUCAACAAAAAUAUUAAAUGAGCAUGAUGAUAUUGUUGAUAAUAAACAACAAAAUAUUUUACAACAAUCAUCCUCAAAUGUUACACCAUCAUUUAUCACUAAUAAUUCUCAGCAAAAUUUAUCUAAAUCUAAUUUGGAAGAUGGAAAGCAUAUCAAAGUGAAAUUGGAUGAUAAAUUGGCAAAUAAUGCAUUGAAUAGGAUGACAGCAAUUGAAAAUCUUGCAAAAAGUUCUAUAAGAAGACAUCAACAACAACAACAACAUCAACAAUAUCAACAACAAAAACAACAACAACAGCCUUUGUCUAUUUCUUCAGGACAUAAGAUAGAUAGUUCGGUAACAAAUAGUAAUAUUCCGGAAAAAUCUAUCAUUCCUGAUGAUGACAAACUAAUACCGAUGAAAGUUACAAAACAGUAUGGCAUAAAUGACAAACGAAUUGAUAAUAACUGGAAGGCAGUCAUUAGUAAUACUCAAAAUAAUUCUACACAAACGAUCAAUGCAUUAAGAUCAGAGAUUAGUACCCCUAAAGAUAGUUCGUCAUCGAUGAUGAACUCAUUUGAUUGGAAUAACGAUGAUUUAGCUCAUCAACAGAAGCAAUCACAGGUUAUGACAGUUCAGGGAAUCGAUAUUUCACAAAUUCAGAAUGAAUUAUCAGAGCAGCAAAAACAUAAUGCGCAAAUGUCUCAACAUGAGAUGGUAGAAGAUAUCACUUCAUUAAAAUCAGAUCUAUUCGACAGACAUCUUGCUAAGCAAAUGCUUACAGAUUUUGCUACAACACAAAAUUCGAAACUAUCAAGCGAUGAGCAAUUAAUAAAUUUGCCGCAAGCGGAAAUGUCUGGAAUGCAAAUAGAUCAAACGGUGAUGAUUGAUCAUGAAAAUAAAUUUGAAAAACGGAAGCAAAAUAUUGCAACUAAUGAAUCACUGAUUAAUAAUGGCGCAUUCAAUAGGUCAGUAAAUGAUGAUUACAGAAUUUCUACUGAUCGAAAUGAUGGAAGAUUGAUCUUGGACGAAGUGAUUAGAUCAUCGAAUUUCAUUUCGCCAAAAUUUGAAGCUAAGAACGAAAUUCAUAUGCCAUUGAACAAUGUGAAUGAUCAUUGGAUGAAAAGCAAACAAUUUACUGAUACGAUCACUAAUGAUUCUAUCGUUGGUGAUGCUAACACUCAGUCUGUAGCUCAAAAAGUAAAUGAUAAUAAGAUUUCGAUCGCUUUAAAUAAAGGAUCAGCGAAACUUAAUCGCGACUCAGUACUAAGACACCAUGUACGUAUUAUUAACCAAGGUUCUGUACUAGAAACAUCCUUCUCGUCAUCACCAAUAUCACCAUUAUCACCAUUAUCAUCAUCGUUAUCACCAUCAUCAUCAUCACCAUCACCACCAUCAUCAAUUGCAUUACCCUCAACAUUAUUAUCACCAACUUCAUUAUCAUCACAAUCAUCAUCGCCAAUUCUUUCUGAUACUAAAACUGAUCUUAGCAAAAUUCAACAAAAAUUUCAUACUAGUAUAUCAGAUAAGAAUAAAAGUUUUAAUGGUGCACGAGCACGAGGUACACAUCGCAAGCAUGCAAUUACUGAACAAAUGAUAUCAUCAAGUAGUGAAGAAUUCUCGCAUGAAUCUUCUAUUUCAAUGCACACUAAUACACCUGAGUAUAAGGAUCAGAAAUUGAUUGCAUCAAAUGCUGAUAAUGAAAUGAUAUUAUCAGUAACACCAAAUAAUAUUGAUACUAUUACAAAGAGCAUUAAUGAUAAUGCUAUUAGUAUUACUCAAGAGCAAUCAGAUGAGGAAUUGGAUAUGGAUUCGAAUGAUUAUAAAAUCAUUGAUAAAAUUGAUUCGACAUCACUCAUUCAUGAUUCUUUAACAACUAUUAUUCCUAUCACCACUAUAUCAUCUAAUACACCUGUAAUGGAGAAUAUUCCUUUAUCAUUUGCUACCUUAAAUUCUUCAGCAGCAACCAACAAUAAUCAUUCCAUUCGUUCGUCCCUUAUUACCACCAUUCCGGCAUUUAUCAAUGAAACGUCAACUUUUUCUGAUAUGAUAACAAAAUCAAACCCAAAUCCUUCUCAAAUGAUAAUUUCAGAAUCAACAACAAUUGCUAGCAAUAGAGUAGAUGGAUCAUUUGAGUCAUCCACUUCAUCACAACCACAAUUUCUUAGUCAACCUAUUCCAUCUGAUAAAUCAUGGCUUUAUGAGAGCUUACAAUCAAUUAUUAAUUCGCAGGUUCUAUCGGAACAACAAGAAGAAUUAUCCGAAAAGAAGCUAUCAUUUGGCUCAUUUAAUACUUCAGGUGUAGCAACAUUUAGCACAACUAUUAGCAAUAAUAAUAAUAAUAAUAGCAAUAGUAAUAUUAAUAAUAGCAAUAGUAAUAUUAAUAAUAGUAUUAAUAAUAAUGAUAAUAGUAAUAAUAACUUUCCUGUGAGAACAACCAUAAUGAAUCCGUUGAGAAAAUUAUCAAUGCAAGCAAAUAAUUCAUCUCUAUUAUCAAUUUCUACUCAAAAAUUAUCACCAAAUAUAUUCGAUACUACAGCUAGCAAUGUUGAACAACAAGCAAAGAAGCCAAUAAAAGAAUUGGAGAAGGAAUCUGAAGAAGAUCAUUAUUUCAAUGUUGAUUCAUCGAUUUUUAUGAAUGCUACCAAUUUUCAAAAUCCAUCUCAUACAAUAAUAUCGCAUAAUCGGAUUGAAAAUAAUGGUAUCAGUACAAUGAUCGAACAAUUAAACUUUCCUUUCAAUGAAACAAAAGAAAUGAAAAAGGAAAGAAGUGAAGGGAAAAUUGGAACAAUGAAUUUAUCACCAUCAUCAUUAUCACCAUCAUUAUCAUCAUCAUCAAGAAGUGAUAGUAAUAUAAAUUCAGGAAACACCACCAUACAUCCGUUUGUAUCAGCAAUUCAGGAAUUAUCAGAAGAAAUGAUUGCAUCUAAUGGAGAAAUUAAUUCAAAUUCUCAAUCUAAUGCACUAUUAAAUCAAAAGCAUAGUGUAAACACUGUAGAUGAUUAUAAAUUGCACUCAUUAAAGCACAAACAAUCACAACAAUCACUUCCGGAAAAUCAUAAUGACAUAACAGGCGAGCAAUUUACGGUUGCACAUGAUGCACAAUUCAUGGUCAAAAGUAUUCCUUACCGGACAACAAUCAAACAAGGUGAAAUUAAUGAGAUACUAAAAGAUCAGACUACAAUGAAUGAUGCACAUGAAGAAGAAGUGAUAAUGGAAUCGGAAAUUUUAAAUCAACAAAAUAUCACUACUGAUUCACAAGUAAUGCAGGUGACAACACCGCAUGCAGUAGUGCAUGCUGUCACCUCAUUGCAACUUGAAAAUGAUGAAAUAUGCUUACUACCGCCAGAUGCAGGUCCUUGCCAUGAUUAUGUACUUCGGUGGUUUCAUAAUUCACAAACUGCAAAAUGUGAACAAUUCUCUUAUAGUUCAUGCGGUGGUAAUAAUAAUAAUUUUCCUGAUAGACAUACUUGUGAAGCAAAAUGCUCACAUGAUAAUUCGAUUAAAUCACAAUUACCGGAACGAUGUACCUAUAAAAAAGAUGAGGGUUAUAGUAAUGGGUAUAAUGUUAAGUGGUACUUUAACGUACGUAAUUUACGAUGUGAACAAAUGGUAUACAAAGGUCAAGGUGGCAAUUCAAAUCAGUUUGAAACACUUGGCGAAUGUCAAACUUUUUGCAUACCAUUGGAUGAUAAAGUUCCUGAGAUGGACACAACCGCUAAACAAAUUGCGCAUUCUUUGAAAUCCACUUCCGUAGAUGUUCAUCAGCGAGGUUUUGCCGCAUCACAGGAUCCGGAAAAUGAGCAGCAACAGCAGCAACAAGCAUUAUCGAUUACCGAAACAGAUAAAAUGUCAGAAGGUCAACAUCAUGUCCAGGACAUUACUCAGAAUACAAAUGAACGUCAUCGUUCAAGCAUAGUAUCAGAUAAAAAUUCGAUUAAUGUUGAAAAAAUUCAACCGAUCAAUUCAAAGCAAUUAUUAACACAAACAAUAACACCUGCAGAACUAAUUCCUCAGAAUUUGGAUAGAUCAGCAAGUGAGACAAUAAAUGCACGAGAAUCAUCUAAACAACAAUUGUUAUCAUCAUUUAAUGAUCAGAAUAGUAAACAAAUUUCAGGAAAAGAAAUUAAUAAUGCAAAAACAUUUGGUGCAACAAUUGUAAACAAAAAUAAUGAUGCAAUUGUUGAUUUGCCAAAUAUUUUUGAUGAUAUAAGCCAUACGCCUAGUUGUCCUAAUGGCCAUAAGCCAAUACAACAUGCAGAUGGUAGGCCAAUGAUGUGUUUACCUGGUAGAAAUCAAUGUGCUGGCAAUUCACUCUGCUAUUUCAAUGGUGUUGAUUUCUUUUGUUGUCCAAAUGCUGAAGAUCCAUACGAUGAACAUGUAUUUGGAGGUUAUGGUGGUGAAGAAGUGAAGCGUGGUUAUAAGAAUGUUAAAAAGACACCAAUAAAUGGUAAUGAAUUGAUUGUUCGAAAGCUCCGAUUGAGACGAGAAGCGCAAAUGUCUUCCAGUCGUCCUUUAGCAAUGAAUGUAGCUGCACGUAUUGAUUCCAAAGUACCGAAAUAUUCAUUGGCCAGAGCAUCAUUUGCAGUAAAUAAUAGUAGUGAUACUAGACAAAUAACUAAUAUUUGUAUGCAAGAUGUUAAUACGGGUAAAUGCACAGAAGCGCAUCUUCGAUUCUUUUAUGAUCGUAGAGUGAAUACCUGUCGAUUAUUCUAUUAUAGUGGUUGUGGCGGUAAUGAAAAUAAUUUUGCCACUGAGGAAGAAUGUCAACAACAAUGUAAAAGUGAUAAAGCAUAUGAUGAGGAUGUGUCACCAGGAAGUUGUCCUUACGGUGAGCCACCACUUGGUGAUAACGCACCUGUGAUAUGCGGUAAAGACGCAGGAUCAUUUGAAUGUCCAAAGGGAUAUUAUUGUCGUAUGGGACCACCAAAUGUAUGCUGUCUCGAAAAACUUCUUCCAGUUUCGGAAAAAAUUUUGGUAACAAAGAAACAUCACGAAAAUAUUCGUUUUGCACAACCAAAAGUAAAAACAAGCGAAAAUGUUGGUUAUCAAUUUGAUGAGAAACAAAAAGAAAAUGAUGCAGAAAAUUCACCAUUAGCAAUUACAUCAACAAACAUUUGUCCGGAUGGUACAGAUGCAUUACUUGAUGAAUCUACUCAACAACCACUCAAAUGUGGCCUAGGCUACGAUGGACAAUCUUUCUGUCCAGUUGGCUAUUACUGCUCUAUAGAUUCAGAAAAGAAUGGACGAUUAUGUUGUCAACUUGGAGUAGUAGGAGUAAAAAUACCACCACCACCAAAAAUACCACCAUAUUUUGGAUUACGACCAUCAAAUCCAGGCGAAAUAAUCCCACGUGGAUCAUUGCCAUCUGAUUAUGUCUCAUUGAAGCAACAAGCAACUGGAAUAUCAAAUACAGCUGAGCCAAGUGAACAAUAUCAAUCACAUUUAGAUUUAAGUGGCAAAAAAUUAACUAUGAAUGUACAACCUAUAAGUGAUUCGAAUAGAGCAGAAGAAGAUGCAAUAGAACCUUCGGAAAAUCUUAUUCCAUCUGAUGAACAAACAACAGAUUCUUCCGGAAAUGUUGUUCCAUCUGACUCUAAAUUACAAGAUGAUAUUUAUGGUCGAAUGAUGCUUAAAUCAAAUGAUCAAGCAUUUCGCACACAAGCACUUUACAAUGCAAUAAAUAAUGUAGCUUCACCUGAAGCGGAAAAUAAUGAGGUUCAAAUUGAUAUUGGAGAAAUGAAAGAUCCAUUCGAAUCGUUGGAAUACGCUCAAAAAAGCACUUCUGAUCGAAGUAUUUGUCUUCUAAAGCCUAGUGAAGGUCGAACAUGUCGAGAAGAUGAAUCACCUCCUCGAACAAAUUUACAGUAUUUCUACAGUAAUCGUGAUAAACGUUGUAAACUUUACUUCUAUCGAGGAUGUGGUGGUAGUCAAAAUCGAUUUGAUACUAAAAGGCAUUGUGAAUUAACAUGCGCUGGUGUAUAA